ACGGGCGGCUCGAGCGCGCGCAGGCGCCGGACGGGGGAGCGCGGCUCGGCAGCGGGGACCGAGGAGCGCGGCGCCCCGAGGGAGGCGGCGGGCGGCAUGGGCGCGGGCUCGGCGCUGGCCGCGCUGCUGCUGGCCGGGUCGGUGCUGAGUGCCACGCUGCUGGCCCCCGGCCGCCGCGCGGAGCCAGAUUUGGAUGAAAAAAGGAAGGUGGAGCUGAAGACGGAUGAGGCUUUGCUGCUUAUCCACAAUGAGCUGCUGGGAAUCAGCCUCACUGUCUACUGGAAGUCUGAGUACUGUUAUCAAUGCAUCUUCCGGCCCCUGGCAAACGUCUCUCACGGUGGAAAACCUGCAAAGCCAAGCGUCGCAGCCGUCUCCGUGAACACCCAGCACGGGUCCAUCCUGCAAGUUAAUUAUACCUCGGAAGAGAGAGCAGCCUGCAGGCUGGAAUACAAAUUUGGAGAAUUUGGAAACUAUUCCCUUUUGGUACAGCAUGCUUCCAGUGGAGCCAGUGAAAUUACCUGCGACCUAGUCGUUAAUGAGGAUCCAGUGGACAGCAACCUCCCUGUGAGUAUCGCGUUCCUCGUUGGUCUCUCUCUCAUCAUCGCAGUAUCCUUCCUGAGACUGUUGCUGAGUUUGGAUGACUUCAGCAAUUGGAUUUCUAAGGCAAUAACAUCUCGAGAAACUGACCGCCUCAUCAAUUCUGAGCUGGGAUCCCCGAGCAGAGCAGACCCUCUCAGUGGCGACUGCCAACCUGAAACACGACGCUCAUCGGCCUUGCCACACCGUCUCCGAUGCGUGGACACGUUUAGGGGGAUAGCUCUCAUCCUCAUGGUUUUCGUUAACUAUGGAGGAGGAAAGUAUUGGUACUUCAAACAUUCAAGCUGGAAUGGACUGACGGUGGCCGACCUCGUCUUCCCAUGGUUUGUGUUUAUUAUGGGAUCUUCAGUUUUCCUGUCAAUGACUAAUAUCCUACAGCGAGGAUGUUCAAAACUGAAACUGCUGGGGAAAAUUGCAUGGAGAAGCUUCCUGCUGGUCUGUAUAGGACUCAUCAUUGUCAACCCCAAUUACUGCCUCGGUCCAUUGUCUUGGGAUAAGGUGCGCAUCCCUGGCGUUCUGCAGCGGUUGGGGGUGACGUACUUUGCGGUUGCCGUGUUGGAGCUUCUCUUCUGGAAUCCUGUGCCUGACAGUUGCACCUUGGAGAGAAGCUGCUUUUCUCUUCGAGACAUCACUUCCAGCUGGCCCCAGUGGCUCGUCAUUCUGACGCUGGAAAGCAUUUGGCUGGCUCUGACAUUCCUUUUACCUGUCCCUGGGUGCCCUACAGGCUACCUUGGCCCUGGCGGUAUUGGGGACUUGGGGAAGUACCCUCACUGUACUGGAGGAGCAGCUGGCUACAUCGACCGCCUGUUGCUGGGAGACUGCCACCUGUACCAGCACCCAACCUCCACUGUGCUGUAUCACACGGAGGUGGCCUACGACCCAGAAGGACUCUUGGGCACUAUCAAUUCCAUUGUGAUGGCAUUUUUAGGAGUUCAGGCAGGAAAAAUACUGUUGUAUUACAAGGAUCAGACAAAAGCCAUCCUGAUGAGAUUCGCUGCCUGGUGUUGCAUCCUCGGGCUUGUUUCCAUUGCUUUGACAAAAAUGUCUACAAAUGAAGGCUUUAUCCCAAUAAACAAAAACCUCUGGUCCAUUUCAUAUGUCAGCACACUGAGCUGCUUCGCCUUCUUCAUCUUGCUCAUCCUGUACCCGGUGGUGGACGUGAAGGGGCUCUGGACAGGAACACCAUUCUUUUAUCCAGGCAUGAACUCUAUCCUGGUGUACGUUGGCCACGAGGUGUUUGAGAACUACUUCCCCUUCCAGUGGAAGCUGGCAGAUGACCAGUCACACAGAGAGCAUCUAAUUCAGAACAUAACUGCUACUGCUCUCUGGGUGCUCAUUGCCUACAUUCUCUACAAAAAGAAGAUUUUCUGGAAAAUCUGACAGCACCUGCUAAAAUGUGUUGCUGGAGGACUCCGACGGCCCCGGGACAGGGAAGGAAGUAGCCUCCCUCCCAAAGGGGAGGCUUCUGGAGGCUGUGUCCAAGCUGAUCUCUGAGAUGACGGGAGCUUGUCUGUGUGGUUUUCACUUACAUAUUUGAAAGGUGAUGUCCUCCCUUUUCCCCAUUUUAUAUGAAAUUGCUAUAUUUGGAAGAUGUUUGGAAAUCUCACUGAACUUCCCGGGGGGGGGGGGAUUUACUCCGAACAUUUUGCCUCUGUGAUGGAGGCCAAGGUUGGCUUGACUCAUGGGCAGAAUCCUAGCAAGCUUGCACAGUGCCCUGGCUUUGGUCCCUGACACCACAAACACACAAACAGCAAGGACACAAGAAAACCCCAAAGAACUGAAGGACCAAUUCUUCCUUCCUGAAACUGCCUUCUCAUUUGUAUACGCAUGCCAACAAAAAUGCCGUGGCUUCUGGGGAGACAGACUAUAAAGCUUUUUGAAUAGA